UACUUCUACAACCCCAAGAGAAGAAUAAUCAAUCAAAAGAUGAAGCGCAGAUUGCUGGCUAGCUUUUUACUAGGGUUUCUCUUGGUUACAAAUGCGCUGGGAGACCUGUCACCAAGAGUUUUUGUGGGUAAAAUAAUCAUUUCGUCAUCUUCAUUAUUUUACCUUCAACAAGAUCAAACUAAAAGAUUGAGUGAACUGAUUUUCAAAGCUGUAACUGCAGGUCUGGGAAGGAAAGUAAACAUACCUGAGGUUACUAUAACUGGAAAGGAGGAUGAUGCUUUGAAGAAGUCUACGGCGAACUUACUGGUUCAAAUGAAUUAUCAGAAGGAGCAUAUGACCAUAUUGGAGCCAAAGGCAUCGAAAAGCAUCAAUUUUGUAAUUCCAAGGAAUAAGUUUUGCGACAAGAACCCAAAGUGUUUCUGUUUGCAAUAUUCUAAUGCAAAGGUGGCAGGUGGAGGCAGGUUGAAGAAUCCUUCAAGGCCUACUGAAAGACAAAUGACUGAAGAACAACAUCCUGAGAAAGAUGAAGCUAAAAACCUUAUUAAGGUUGCAAAUGAGGUCGUGAAUCUGAUGGAUAAGGAUUACAAGGGAAUGGCCAACGGCAAGCCACCUAUCAACAAUCAUGAGCCUAGAAACUGAAGAGGAGGAAGAAGAAAAUAAGUUUUGGCUUAGCCUUUUGUUGUUGUUUUUUUUUUUUUUUUAUCAGUGACAAGAGACAGCUAUAGGACUUUUUGUGGUUUGUUUCCGUUAGAAUCAUAGAUGUAAAAUGCAUUAUGAUUGCUGAACAUCAUUGAAUCUUCAUAA